AUGAUGAGGUACGAACGUGGAACUCUUAUAUUAGAUAAUAUUCCUGAAGAAGUAUUAAUAAAUCGAGAUGAACGAUUAAUACAAUAUCAGAAUUGUCGUCAAGCAACUAUUCAGAUUCACUAUGUAAAAGUUCCGUUGGGGAUAAGAAAACAAUUAACAUUUUUCGAUGAUCCAGUAAAUAUUGUAAAACUGUGUCCAAAUUUUAAGUCACCCUUUGCUGAUUCACUUGUAUUUACGAAGGAUGCUGGAGGAAAUGAAUGUUGGCAAGUGUAUCAUCUUGAUUUGAAAAAUGGCAAACAGUCACUCCUUACGGACGAUGUCAAAUCUCAAAAUAGUUCAGUUAUUUGGAAUAAUGAGGGCACAAAAAUUGCUUAUUAUUCUACGAAAAGAAAUGGAAAAGAUUAUGAUAUUGUUAUUCAAACUAUUUCAACUUUAGAAAGUAAAAUAGUUUUACAAACCGAAGGACAAUGGUUUCCUAUUAAAUUUUCGCCAGAUGAUAAACAACUUUUAAUUCAACAACGAAUAACACUUGAAAGUGAACAGGAAAUUUUUAUAUUAAAUUUAGAAAAUCAAAUAUUAAAACAAAUUAAUCAAAAUAAAAAUAAAAAAAUUGCAUAUAAUCAAACAAUAUUAUUUGAUAAAAGAAAUGGAAAAAAUGGACUCUUUCUAAUUACAGAUGAAGAUAAUGAAUUUCGAAAAUUAAAAUAUUAUAAUCUUGAUAAUGAUACGUAUACAAAAGAUUAUACGGACGAUAUCAAUUGGGAUGUAGUAGAAAUUGAUUUAUCUCAUGAUGGAAAUACAUUAGCAGUUGUAACAAAUGAAAAUGGAUUAUCAAAACUUUAUCUCAUCGAUAUUGAAUUAGAAAAACGAAAAUUAAUUGAAAAUAUUCUUCCAAUGGGUGUUUUAUUUAAACUCAAUUUUCAUAAAGAAAAUAAUAAUCAAUUGGCAUUUGUAUUAAAUACACCACAAAUUCCUGGAGAUUGUUUUGUAUUAAACUUAGAUGAUUUAUCUCUCAUAAGAUGGACAGAAUCAGAAAUAGGAAAUUUAAAUUCGGAUAAUUUCAUUUCUCCAACAUUAAUUCAUUAUGAUACGUUUGAUAACAGGAAGAUUCCAGCAUUUUAUUAUUUACCAAAAUCAAAAGAUAAAAAAAAAUAUCCUGUUAUCAUUAAUAUACACGGUGGACCAGAAGCACAGUAUUAUCUGAAUGAAUUAAAUGUAGCUAUAUUAACACCAAAUGUUCGUGGCAGUACUGGCUAUGGUAAAACAUAUGAAUCAUUAGACAAUCAAUAUCUGAGAGAAAAUUCUGUGAAAGAUAUUGGAGCUUUAUUAACAUGGAUAGACAAUCAAUCUGAAUUAGAUAGUAAAAUGAUCGUUGUUAAUGGAGCCAGUUAUGGAGGAUAUAUGGUUUUAGCAUCGAUGAUUCACUAUGGUGCAAAAUUAAAAGCAGGAAUAGAAAAAGUUGGAAUUAGCAACUAUGUCACAUUUCUCCAAAACACAUCAGCAUAUCGUCAAGAUAUUCGUCGACAAGAAUAUGGUGAUGAACGAGAUCCGAAAAUGUAUGAAUUUCUUCAACGUAUAUCACCGUCAACAAAUGUGCAUAAAAUUGAUAAACCAAUGUUAAUUGCUCAAGGUAUGAAUGAUCCUCGUGUACCAAUGAGUCAAUCGGAUCAUAUAGUCGAAUGUAUUCGACGUAAUGGUGUGGAUGUUCAAUAUUUAAUUGGAAAAAAUGAAGGACAUGGUUUUAAUAAAAAAUCAAACAUCAUAGAUUUGUUUCAAAUUGAAAUUGCAUUUGUUAAAAAAAUAUUUGAUUUAUAA